UCCGUGCUCCCCCCGCUCAAAACGCCAGCGGUGGCGGCGGAGCCCGGUUCUGUCCGUGCGGGCGGCGGCGCCUCCCGGGGCUCGGCGACAUGGAGUGCGCUGCGGCGGGAGCCGAGUUCAACAUCCUCCUCGCUACCGACUCCUACAAGGUUACACACUACAAGCAAUAUCCACCUAACACAAGCAAGGUAUAUUCCUACUUUGAAUGUCGUGAAAAGAAGACUGAAAAUUCCAAAUUAAAGAAACUGAAAUAUGAAGAAACAGUUUUUUAUGGCUUGCAGUACAUUCUGAAUAAAUAUUUAAAAGGUAAAGUGGUGACCAAAGAGAAAAUCAAGGAAGCCAAAGAAGUAUAUAGGGAGCAUUUUCAAGAUGAUGUCUUCAAUGAAAAGGGAUGGAACUAUAUUCUAGAGAAAUAUGAUGGCCAUCUUCCCAUAGAAAUAAAGGCUGUUCCUGAGGGCUCUGUAAUUCCCAGAGGAAAUGUUCUUUUCACAGUAGAAAACACAGAUCCAGAGUGCUACUGGCUCACAAAUUGGAUUGAGACAAUUCUUGUGCAGUCGUGGUACCCAAUCACAGUGGCUACAAACUCUAGAGAGCAGAAAAAGAUUUUGGCCAAAUAUUUGCUGGAGACUUCAGGCAGCUUGGAAGGACUGGAAUAUAAACUGCAUGACUUUGGCUACAGAGGAGUUUCUUCACAAGAGACUGCAGGAAUAGGAGCUUCAGCUCACUUGGUGAACUUCAAAGGAACAGACACUGUAGCAGGAAUUGCAUUAAUUAAAAAGUACUAUGGUACAAAAGAUCCAGUUCCAGGAUAUUCUGUUCCAGCUGCUGAACACAGUACCAUAACAGCUUGGGGAAAAGAUCAUGAAAAAGAUGCUUUUGAACAUAUAGUAACACAGUUUUCUUCAGUGCCUGUAUCUGUGGUUAGUGACAGCUAUGACAUUUACAAUGCUUGUGAAAAAAUAUGGGGUGAUGACCUAAGGCAUAUAAUUGAAGCCCGAAGUCCAGAGGCACCACUUAUUAUUAGACCAGAUUCUGGGAAUCCCCUUGACACUGUUCUAAAGGUGUUGGAGAUCUUGGGGAAGAGGUUUCCCAUUACAGAGAAUUCAAAAGGCUAUAAGUUGUUGCCACCAUAUCUCAGAGUUAUUCAAGGGGAUGGUGUGGAUAUCAACACACUGCAAGAGAUUGUGGAGGGAAUGAAGAAGAAUAAAUGGAGUAUUGAGAAUAUUGCCUUUGGAUCUGGUGGAGCUUUGUUGCAGAAACUAACCAGAGACCUCUUAAACUGUUCCUUCAAAUGUAGUUACGUGGUGACCAACGGCCUUGGGAUAAAUGUCUUCAAAGAUCCUGUAGCCGAUCCCAACAAAAGGUCAAAGAAAGGACGGCUGUCGUUGCAUAGGACACCAGCUGGGGAGUAUGUGACACUGGAGGAAGGCAAGGGGGAUCUUGAAGAGUAUGGACAGGACCUGCUUCACACAGUAUUUAAGAAUGGAAAGGUAACGAAGUCAUAUUCAUUUGAUGAAGUCAGACAGAAUGCCAGGCUGAAGAACAGUGAAUUACAAUCAGCAUCUCACUGAGUUCCAUUCCAUGUCUGUGUAUGUGUGUGUAACUAGUUCGUACUGCAUAGCUACUGGUUUAUUGUACAGAUUUGUGUGUUUGUGUUUUAUGACAUUGUAGCCAAAUUAUUUGUUGGUUUAUGGACAUACUGCCCUAUCUUUUGCCAGUCUUUAGAAGAUGAAAUCAGGAAAUGGUACUUACCUUGUAAAACAUAUUUAAUGCUGAAGUGUGCUUUUUAGGGCCCUUUGCCAGUAGUGAUUCAAUCUGGUAUUGAUCUUUUCACAAAUGAGACAGAGCUGCGAAACUUUUUUAUAUAUAACAGAAUAUCACAAAAUGGAUUUACAUAAAAUUAUCAUGAUUGCUUUAUGUUUAUAUUUAACUUGUAUUUUUGUACAAACAAGAUUGUGUAAAAUAUAUUUAAAGUUUCAAUAAUUAAGUCUUUCCAACUUUUCAUAAUUUUUAUGAGCACAGACUUUCAAGAAAAUAUUCAGUGGGGGGGGAAUCCAUUGCCUUUUGUCCAUUAAUCAGCAAAUAAAACAUGGCCUUAAAAGUUUGUUGUGACAUUGUUCCAUUCGACAACUAAAUCAGGACUCGUAUCUCCUUAAGAUCCCAUAGAGUUGCUGACCUCACCAUUUCUUGUAGUUGUCUGUAUUAGUAAAUCUGCAUUAAACAAAAUUACUGUUCUUUCUAGAAGGUUUAGGUAUUACUGACCUUGCUGGCACAGUAAGGUGUGUAAGUGAAAUGCCAAAUUUGAAAGGAUUCUCUACUGCAACUUAACUUGCCAAGUCUAUCCCACUUGGUAUAUGCACCUCAAUAUUUUAAGAGUAAAGUUUUUAAGAGAUCUCCUCUUCCACUAUAGAAUAUAUGUGUAAAAUACUGAGAUACGGAAGCGGUGUAUUUUAAAGUAAUUACACUUCUGGGUUUAUUUUUCAUAUACUGUAAGUGACAUGAAUUUAAAGCAAAAUACUGGACUGGGUAGUGCACUUUUUUACUUUUUUGUAUUUUUUUCAUUGAUUUGCCUUUUGUCAGACUGGAUGUUAAAUUGUAAAAAUGUUUAACUAUUUUUGUUAACAACUUUAAUAAAACUAUGCUAGCCAAACUCCUACAUGAAUGGCAGACCUGUUUCCCCUUCUCACCCAUCUGUUUGGGGUGAGGAGGGGCUUUUAUUUUGCAGAGGGUAACUGUAAAACAAUGUGUUUGAGAGAUACAUUUGAACUGUCUGCACUUGAUUGUAUUUGCUCUCUGCAUAUGCUUGAUAUAAGUAUCUGCUGGAAAAUGAAACUGUUGAGGAUUUUAUUUGAGAAGCUAUGUAGUAACCUCUGAAAUAUUUGAUAGUACUGUAGGGUGGCUCUCACUAGAAAAGUACCUCCCUUAAAGACAAAAAUACAACAGCAAAAGCAAACAGUUCCUGUUCUGCUGGUGAUCAGCUAUCAGCCAAUUGCUUAAUAUACUGAUGUAAUUAAUGCUUCUAAUUAGUAGAUGGUGUUACUGGAAAAUGUUAAGGCCUAAGAUAAUUUAAGCCUACAAAAUUUUAUAAAACAUGCUUUUAAAGGAAGAUUGAAAAGCCAUACUUCAUUGUUCUUACUCUCACCAAAAAGGGCCACAUCAAGGCAUCCAUAAUAUUUCCAGGGUUUGUGGUUAAGAUGUUUAUGCCCAGUCUCAAUAGUUCUUGUUAAUAAAAACCUGUUUUUCACUUGUAGUGUAUGUAAUUAUACAUUUAAGUGAUGUAUUGUUUCAAGAAUAGUGUUUUAGUAAAACUAAAUGCUGACCUUUCACACUGAGGAACUGCCUUCCCUUAGCUAUUAAUUAUAUUGUUUGGUUUUGGCCCAGAAAGAUUUUGAAUCUGGCCUUAGGAUCAGUAGCAGGUAAAUAGUACAGAGCCUAUUUCACUCCUCCACAUGUGUACUAGGGAAUUUUAUGAUGUAUGGUUUAAAAAACAAUAAAGUAAAUGCUGCUUUCAUUCUGUACCAAUAAAAAUUUUGAUAACUAUUGACUACCCAUAUUUUUGUACUUGAGAACUGAGGAUAUACUGUGGAAGCACUGUCUUCAUGUGUUCCAUGAAAUACAUUGUAAUUGUUCAGUAUUGUCUAAAACUUUUCAGCUUAUUAGUUGGAAACUCAAAGCAAAUUCUCUACUUGUGCAUGUCACUUUGAGAAAGUUGUAAUGUCACUCAUUUUAUUAAAUGUUAAUAACUUUAAAAGGGGAGGGGGGGAAGAAAAACACCUGGUGCUAUUCAGACCUGAACACUUGUCUCUUUGUGUUUGGCAGUUUGACAUUCUGGGCAUCAAGGAGUUGACAGAAAUUACUGCAGUGCUUGAACCAUACAAUAUCCUAAUUCUUCCACAUGAAAGCAAACAGCAUGUUUGUUUGCUUUAAAUUACUAGAUUUGUAGUCAUUGAUAUAUUUUAAUUAUCCCCAUUUCAUAAUAUAAUACAGUAUUUGUAUUUAAAAAUAGGAAUUGGGAAUUUUGUGUUUAAUACUCUGAUUUGUAACCAUAUUUAGCGUAAGAAAUGGAUUUUGUAAAACUAUUUUUUUUCUUCAGCUGCAUGAUUAUAAAAAAAAAAAAGAUACUUUUUUGGUACUUUGAAAGAUCUGAGGAGAGAAAAGAAGAGUACUUAAACUGUUUGGUUUGCCAAAAUCAAAACAAAGCUUAAACAGUUCUUUUCUUAUAGGUUUUUACAUUCCUUCUUGUUUAGUGAAGAAUUCCUCACUUAAAUCCUCUGUUAAAGUAAUUUUAAUGUACUUGGCAUCAAAUACCAGUAUGUAAUACACAUGGAAAUAAAGUUUAGUUCUGGCAGUGAAAAUCAGAGCCAUCUGACUGUGUCUUCAAGUUCUGAUGCUGGGCACCAGAGAUGUCAUCCUGUGCUCUUUGGUGCCAAAGCCAGGCCAGAGCAGGGCUGUGCUGGUGCUGCAUUCCUUUAAGGAGAGAUGCUCAGCUCCUCACAGACAGCUGGGCUUACAUUUGCAGCCAGCUCAGCCCUAGGGAAGAGAAAGCAAACUGAGCUCUUUUUUUCUUGUUUGGGGUGUGGGUAUGUGUGUGUGGUUUUGGGGAUUUGGUUUGGUUUCUGGGUUUUUUCCUUUUUUUUUUUUUUUUUUUUGUGUGUGUGUGAGUACAUCCAUGCUUCAUUUUGUCUGUGUUGAAAAGUAAAGCACUUGGCUUUGAAUUUGAUAUAAGAGAUUAUCCUCUAUAUUUGACAUAAUCCUUUCUCAAAUAAAGUUUCAUUAUUUCAGCUUUAAAAUCACUAGAAUGCUUGUCUAAAGGCAAAUUAACCAUCAGUGUUGCAUCCUUCAGUUUGCUGCAGUACUGUCAAAAAUAACCUCAGCUCUGUAGCAGAGAGAGUCCUUUGGACAGGAUUUCUGUAACUAGAAGUUACACUUUAACUCCUGCAUGACUUCAAGGUGCAGCAGGUAUGGUACAGCAGGGAUGCGUCAGUAAGGGCAGAUAAGGCACCUCCUGUGAUGCUGCCACCAUUUGUUGCUGCUCCCUGCAGCUCUUGCUGUGCUGUACAAAGGGGCUCUUACAGCCCACAAUAAUGCUUGAAUUUAAAGGUUCUGUUCCAGGAUUUACAGAGAGCACGCACAGCCCAAGUGCCAGGGCUCCUCUGCCUCCUCUGCAUGGAGUUAAAGCCCAGGAGCUCCAGCACUGCCAUCUCCUCACUCCUGUCAGCCCUGAGCGGGUGCUGGUGGCUCCCAGGUCAGCUGCAGGGAAAUUCCAGGCCUUGGCCUGUGCAGAAGGCAAGGGAUUCACAGCAAGAGCUGCAUCAUUUAUGUCCUCCUAUAUAUAAUCCUACUGUAACAAUUAAAAUUGUAACUGAGCUGAGCUGCUUGAGGCAGGGGCUGUGAGGCUGCAUUGGUGUGAUGGUAAUUGCAUCUCUGCAUGAGGGUCCCAUCAGGGUCCUGUAGGUGCACAUCUCCAUCAGAUUUGUAAACAUCUGAGUGAGAGAUCAUCCUCUUAAACCUGAUGAGUGUGGCCUUAUGUGGAGAACCACAUGCCUUCUAAAUUACCAGGUGAUAAGGAAAUAAUGAGAUUAGAGAUGCUUUGUAAAGUCAUGCCUACUAAAUCCCAGUUGCUAACCAUGAAUGUUUUGUUCUUGGGGGGGUUUCCUGUUUUACUAGCGGCACAGCUGAUCUUGGGAAUGAUUUUAAAACCCCCUUCACAGAAAGACAGUUGGUUUUAAUUAAUCCAAAGGCCUGAAAAGCACUUAGCCAUAGAGUAUUUCCAAAAAGUAUUUUACUGUGGCACCAUAUUUUGUUGAAAGGUACCCUGAUGUCUGGUGUAAUACAAUUCAGAGCAAUCCAGAAGAUACAGGAGUGAAGUCAGCAGGAUUCUUCUCAAGUAACAUAUUUUGUUCCAUAUAAUUUUCUUGCUAAUCUUUGCAUGAGUACUCCUAAUUGCUUUUUGAACAGAACUUCUAGAAUUUUCAAGUUAUGAUGAGGUUUCCUGGCAUCAGAAUGGCAGUUUUCUCUUCUGCUUCUGGCUGGAGCAGAGGUCUUUUAAGGACAGAUAAGGAGCCUUUGUGCCCCUAGCAAGGUUUUUACUUCCCUCUUACACAACUCUUCUCGGUUCAACGGCAAAUUUUACCUUUGAAAAAAAAAAAAUCAGUAAAUUUGGGUUGUAUAGCUCCUUUUUUUCCCAGCAGUUCAUAUAGAAAUCAAUCCAAGAUAUUUCACAGGAUCACUAGAUAAAUUUGCAUGAGCAUACUCUAAUUUUUAGUAUAUAUAUUUAUGCUUCAUUGCUAACUUGUUAGAUCUGAGGAUCUGAUUCUUGGUAGUUGAUCCAAUACUCAUGUCAAGUAAUCAUACUGCAUAUAGCCAGGUAAUUAUAAAUUGCUGAAAAUGGCUUCAGCAUCUUCAUAUAAUUACAGUGCUUAAGAAAUUCUAGUGGGUAGAUAAUGGAUGCAGGGAAGGUUCUGAGGGCCGGACAUUUUUACUUCUUUGUCAUUAAUUUUGGUUAUUAAUGUAGCUAUUUAAAGCUUCCACAUCAUCUCUGCUAGGAAACUUGUUUUAUAAUGUCUGAGUACUCAUCAUCAAAAUAUUUCUAUAAGUAGUACACAUGUCAAACAAACUGCAUGGACUCAACUUUAUCUCUUGUAAGGUAAAGGGGAGAACUUCAGCCUCAAGCUUAAUUCCCUUCCCUGCAAACAGGAGAAGAAAUGAGCUGUUCUUCAGCCUUUGGGACAUGCUUUCCUCAGCUUCCUGGUAAAGAACAAGGCUGGCGUGCUCUUCCCUUUCAAGGAAGUUUUCCCUAUUCCAAAAGGUGUCACCCUAUUUGAAGCAUGAGGAAUUGCAGCCUGUUGUUGGAUGUGUCAGAAGGAUGACAUAGCCCAGCAAUUUAAGAGGAUAAUCUGUGUGAGAUGGCUUUGGGUAGAGAUAUGUCUGUAAGUCACAGAAAGGUCACUCAGAGCAUGACAACUAAUCUCCCUCUGGUGGGGGAGCCUCCCUGCCCUUUCUGCCUCAGCUGAGCAGGUUCAAGUCUGUCCUGUAAUCUGCUGUGAAAACAUUGAGUCUGUUCAGCCAAAACAAAGUGUUGCCAGGCCCCUGUGAUUACAAAGCAGUGGUCUGUUCGUGUGCCCCACUCUAACCUUAAUCCAUUUUUCAAGCUUUGUAUCUUGCAUCUACUUAGACCAAGUGCCAGUGGCAAACUUCACAAAGCUCCUGUUCCUCCCCCACACUGAGGGUUUUGCAGCCUCACCUCCAGCACUGCUGCUUGAAGACCAUUAUUUGUUUUUAUUGCCACUGUAAAUCUCCAGAAGAUAACAAGAAUUAUUUCACCUCUGUACAAGGUUUUGCAAUCAUUACACCUUCAAAUUAAAGCAAGUAGAUUCAUGCAUUAAGAUCAGAGAGAGGUGACCCUUUGUUACCUUUUGUGUCCAAGUUGUGACCGUGAAAAUGUUAACAGAUAUGAAUCUGGCAAAAAUAAGGAUACAUUCUCCUGAAAAUUGGUUUCCAUGUAAAAGCCCUAUACUUUUACAUGAAAACAUAUAUUUAGAACUUUUAUAGUCAUUAAUGAAUCACUGCUGGAUACUCAAUCACUUUAGCUUGGUUUCUGCAGGUGCUUCUUGACAGUCCAGUCUCACUCAUGUCCCAUGUGGGUUAGCCACAGGUUAUCCCAUCAGACAGGGGCUGCACUGGCACAUGGAGUGGCAAGAUAAAGUUCUUGAGUUCAUGGAGUCCACAAUCCUGGGUCUUGUGUCUGCUGGGAAAGUCCAACACUACAUGAAAUAACCUGUCCCACUGCCAUCCCGACCACCAACGCUGGGUUUGCUGAGCCUAACUCAGCUCCAGCCCUGGCUGUAGCUGUGCAGACUUCCCAUGGCUCUUAUCUUUGGAGAGAGCACACAUGGUUAAUCCCUGGUCUGUCUUUCACAGCCCAUUGUGGAUUAGGCAAGACCUGGGAAGAGUUUCAGUCCUUUCUUCUCUGUUACAACAGAGUCCUGCCCAAAGGCAUUUUGAGACAAGAACCCAUAUGGUUAUUGAAUAUGUGGUGUGCUGUAACCCAGCACAAGAGGAGGGAGUGACUUUGGGGCUUGUGGUAUGAUUGUAAAUAAUAAUUCCUACCCAAAUCAAGUGAUUAGACACAAGUGCUGUCAGUGGUUGCUAUAACAUCACAGCAGAGACAAGGCAAUUGAGGCAAGUCAGCUAAGGCCUCUGGUUCUUUCCCAAAUGGCUUUCUCUAUCCACUACUCUCUUAACACACAUGGAAUUUGGGAAAUCCCACUACCAUCAAUCACCCAUGUGUAAUUUUCCUACAAUGGCAUAAAUCUCUGUGUCACACUCUGUUCUUGCCUGGCAUUUGACUUGCCAGGGUUUGGUUUGGUUUGCUUUGGUAUUAGUGCUUCUGCACUCUGUACUGACAUUUUUAUUAAGCUAUUUUUAUAACACCAGGACUUUCUAUUUAAGAGGUAAUAGAUGAAUCACAGGAUGUCACUUUUUGCAAGGUUAGUAUUAUUUUCUCCUGUGCACAUUGGUUUAUGCCAAACUUCAUGUCCUAUUUUAAUUUGCAUUCACAGUGUUUCAUAAAGUCCUUUUGCAAUUCUUCACAAUCAGCUCCCACCUUUAUUGCUGUGCAUGACUCAGCACCUCCAGCAAGCUGUCACCUCCUUACCCACCCUUCUCUACAUUGUUUAACAUGAAAAGCAGCAGGAGCUCCAGCACAGAUCACCAAGUGGAGUUUCACUCUCUGAGAAAGCUGAGUAACUUCCUAUUAUUUUCUUUGAUCAAUGUUGUGAACAUGUGAGGACCUCUCCUCGUGUCUCAAAACUUCUUAGCUUCCUUGAAAACUUUAUAAUAAAUCUUGUUGGAUGCCUUUUUUAAAUUAAAGAAGGUUAUAUCCACACAUCUAUCGACUCCUUCAAAGGACUUCAAAGAAGGUAACUUCCUCUUGCAUUUAUCAAUCAGAAUCUCCCCCAGGAGCUUAAAUUCAUUCUUUCUACUGUAAUUUCUCCCUUAGUCUUACUGUGCCUUUGUCCACAAGAUCAAAAGUCUUUUGAAAAAUUGGAAAAUCCAACUCCAGACAGCUCAGGGAAUUUUGUGAAAUGGAUUCUUGUUCUCAUGCUGUCUUUUUCCUUUUGCAGGACAGUGCUUGAUGGUGAAUGGCACAGGAUUCUGCAGUGGGGGACCUUGGGAUAAGAAAAGCACUGAGCCAUUGGGACAAAUCUGUUCUUCAGGUUUGAAUUAAAAAAGGGACAAUUAUCAAGGGACAGACCAACUUAUGGGAGGCUUCACCUGAUGAUGCCUCUCAGGGACUUGCAUGAGCAGGAAAGCUGGACAUAAAAACAGAGACAGCCCCUCCAAGCACUGUGGGCUAGAGGCAGAGAUAUCCUAGUUUGCACAGUGCUCAUCCUUGGACUCUAAAACAAAUUCUGUUCAGCGAGGGACUCAGGAUUAAACCAGAUUCCAGAACAUUUUUGAGUGAAGAGCCAUUUGUUUGAAAACCACAGGCAUCAUCUUCAUGUCCCAAAAAGAUAGAUGUAUAAACCUGGUCACCUCUAUACUUGAAACAAGGAUGUAUUGGAAGCAGUAGUUCCAAUGUGGGUGCCUCUGUCCUGUUUGUUGAGCAUCAAGUAAGCCCUGGCAGUUGAUAUUUUAUAUAACACUCAUUGUAUAGGGAUCACAUACACAUAUGUACAGUUUCUACACACAAGGAUGCAAAUCUUUAUAUAUGUGAAUAGACAGAUGUGUAUAUAUUCUAACUAUAGAAGAAAACAUCCAUAAAUACUAAGGACAUUCUAUUAGUGAUUGUUCAUGGACUAUGAUCUUUCACAAACUCUGUGUACCUGGAUCAUGCUUGCUCUGCUUCUUUCUGAUAACUUCAUUUCAUACAUCAAAGGGUUGUGUAAGCAGCCUUUCAGCCACCAGCUGACUGGCAGCUUAAGCUGAAAUGAUAAUCUGUGGUUACUCCCAGCUCUGGCUCUGAAUUGCUCCUUGCCAAGACACUGCAUGUCUGUCUCUGGAGUUGUGUAAAUUGGUAUUUGGCUACCUGCCAGUGGAUGUUGUGGGACUGUGAUCAGGCAAGUCAGGUUUGCAUAACAAUAACCUGUCUUUGCCCCUCUUUAUUAGCCCUGACUUUAUCAAUGGAAGGUUUAUGUCAUUGUCUAGGUCACCACUGAGCAGAAGAAUUGUGGCAAAGAGAUCCCAGUCCUGUGGCAUCACUGCUACAUGUGGUCUUGCUCAUUGGUGACCUGCGAUGAUCAAUAUUUUGAGAUCAAUGAAACAACUAGUUUUUAAACCACAUAGUGAAUUACCUGGUAGUUAUAUAUUAUUUGAGUUUUCAAAACCAAAUUCAGUGUUGUACUAAUGCCUUGGAGGAAUUAACAUUGCAUUAUGAUGGUUUGCUUUAUUCAACAG